AGAAGUGACGUAGGAGCAGUCGCGAUUCGGAGUUCGUGUCGAGAGGUCGAUUCCGCGAAGGAAGUACGUAUGUACGUUGGUUUUGUAUACUGCCGGUGUUACGCGCAGUGAUUAUUUUUUGGAUUUUUUUCUCCCUCAAAAGGAAUAUACAUUGUACCACUAUAUAUAUAUAUAUAUAUAUGAACGAGAACGUGACUCUCUCAUGAAGUCACGAAUGGCAGCGUUCUCAUGUGACUUUACUGCGACAUCAUCUCCACGGAUAUAGGUUUCCUAGUGAUAUAUUUAUUCACCUAUUUCUACGUGCUUUGUGCUGUGAGAAGUGGGCGAAAGUGAAGUGCAAGCGGCUCGUGUUAAAAUGCUGACCUCCAGCGCUAACCAGUAUCUCCGUCCGGAAUAUCUUACACCUCUGCCCACUACGCUCGACGCUAAGAAAAGUCCACUCGCUCUCUUGGCACAGACAUGCAGCCAGAUCGGAGCGGAUCCGCCAGCCAGUAAAUCUCUUCUGGCUCCGCACGAAAAGUCCUCCGUAAAAUCGUCAAAGUCCUCGGAGCAGUCCCGCGAGAAGUCAUCGCCAGGAAGCGGGGCGCCAUCGGAAGGCAUCAAGUCCAGUUUCAAGCCUUACGAGUCCUGCCUGGGCCGAGAGAAGGCCUCCAGUCCCGAGGAGCAGCAACGGGCCCCGUCGAGCCACUCGUCUUCCGGAAGAGCCCGAACUCCCGGAAGCGGCAGCAAGAGGUGCUCGAGCAAUCAGAGCGCCUCGUCGACGAGAGCCGCGACCCCGCAGGGUCGAAAGACCGCGACCCCAAACGGCGAAGCGACCCGCGAAUCGCCGUCGUCCAGGACAGCAGGUACCACUGAGCCAUCGUCAUCUCAGCCGUCAGCCAGCAGCCCCUCGUUACAGUCGAAGCCUGCCUACAGCCCCGCGGGAGUCCUCGCGAUGACCGACCCUGCCAUCAAGGACCUUCCUCUGGGAACCUUCAAGCCGGGAUCCACGUUGCCCACGUCCACGUCCGCCGGCUACCUGGGAUAUCCGCCUCAGCUUCCCAUAGACGUAAUGGCCAGCUCCCUCAUGUCCCAGCAUCACGCGGCACUCAAGAACGGUCUGGCAGCUAAUCCUUACCUUGGGUAUGCACGGAUGAAGACCUCCAGCGGGGCGGAUACCCUGGUGCCCGUCUGUCGCGAUCCCUACUGUACCGGGUGCCAGCUGAACUCCCAUCUUCUGGCGACCUCGACUGCCUCGAAGAUGCCUACCACGAGCGCCGGGUCCUGCCCCGCCGGCUGCGCCCAGUGCGACCACAAACCAGGAGCUUCGCCCUAUGGACCUCUGGGCGCACACAAUCCAGCAGCCGCUGCUUACGCUCACGCGCAACUGGCUGCCCUCGCGGCGGCCUCCCAGCUUCCCUACGUUUGCAAUUGGAUCGCCGGUGACACCGCUUACUGCGGCAAGAGAUUCUCUACCUCGGAUGAGCUGCUUCAGCAUCUACGAAGUCACACGAGCGUCUCGGCCGGUGACCCGUCAGCCGCCGCUGCUCUCUCCUUGCUCUCGCCACCUGGUCUACCCCCGACUCAUCCUCUCCUGUCGCGGACCUAUCCCACGCCCCCGCUCAGUCCUCUCGCCACAGCGCGUUAUCAUCCCUACGGUAAACCCUCGCCCCUGAUACCGUCCUCGUUAUCAUCCCUGGGACUUCCCCUUCCGCCGCCUCAUCCUCAUCCAGCAGCCGCUGGCCUACCCCCGUACUUUUCGCCCUACUCGUUCUACGGUGGUCCACGUCUUGGCGCCGCAUCGGGAAUGCAUCCCUGAGCUCGAGCCCAGCACCGCAGGUACUUCGAGGAGGCGUCCCGACGCACUCCAAAGCCUCAAGAAACCAACGUUUAACUGUGAUUCCCGAUUACGGGGACGCUUUGACGCGAGCGUCCCUCCGUGUCUCUCUCGGGAGAUGCCGCGAUUACGGAAAACGUCUCUUGCCGGACGAUCUGGACAUCCGCGAGUCAUCCACGAGAUCAGGACGGUCUUUCUAUGUAUCCUUCGUUUUUUUUUUAGCUUUCGAGGUGCUUCUCUGGUGAUCCUCUAUAUCCUUACCCAUAUCCUCCUUGGGCCACCUUGUCAUCGUAAUCGUCAUCCUCCUCCUCCUCCUCCUCCUCCUCGAUGAUCGCUAACAAAUAAUGAUCCUCUGUAUCAUUCUACCUGCCUCCCGAGGUUCAAUUGGAUGCGUAGAUCUUUGGUGGUUAGUAGCGAGGAUCGUGCCCGUGCCUUUUCGACGGACUGUCGUCUAUCCAAGAUCUCUACGAGGGAUCGCAGAGACGUCAAGUUAGAUCGUCGAUCAUCGAACGUCGAUUUGACGUAAGUGCGUGCGCACGCGUAGAGUGCGAAAACUCAUCCGAGAUAUACAUAUUUUCUCUGAAUCCUAAAAUAAAUGGGAACGAUCUAGGGUAGAGUUUGAAUUAUAUAUAAAUUUUGACAAAUUUCGAAAAAUCGAUCGCUACGUAAAUUCUUCUCGUCCAAAUACAAUUCCUAUCGUUCCCGUUGUCUUUAGGAUCUUUCGAAAAAGAAAAAAAAUGGCUGCCGGUACGAUCCUCGGGUUUACACCGCGCCUCGAUACACAUUACCGAUGGAUCUCAAUUUUCAGCUCCGUAUUUGCGACUUUCCACGUUAGUCGAUCUGAUGUAAUCAGUCUAUGUGCACUAUUUAUAAAUUAAUAUUCAUAUCCAAUCUUUAUUGUAAUUACUGUAAAUUUGUUCAUAGUCUUAUGCCCGUAAGCCUGAGGAGUAUCCGACGAAAUAACGAAUAAUUAAAUAAUAAUAAUAAUAACUAAUGAUAACAGCUAAUAAUAAUAACAACACAACAAUAAUAAUAAUAUUCCAGCGUCUAUUUUUGCGUAACCAAAGUUUUAGUAUCGAUCGUUUAGGCUAUAUAGCGCGUUAACGUUACGUGUGUACAUGACAUUCUGUAUUUAAACGAUGAGGAAAAGAUAAAAGGAAAGAAAAAAAGUAUCAUGGAUAAACAACUAUUACGAGUAUGGAUUAUAAAUAUCGAUUGUAAAUAGGAUUUAUUAUUGUGGUUAGCUGCGGCAUUGAGAAUGCCAGGAGAAGACAGUUGCUCACGAGGAAGCUACGUGGUUCUUACGUUGACGGACUCUUUGUCCGUAUACGUCAUCUAGCGCCUAUCGGUUAAAAUCUGCGAUUUCCGGUAAACUCUCCCAAUAUCUCGCUCUGUACGAUGAUUUUCUUCUUUUUUUUUUUUUAAUUAAUUGUUUUAUUAUUGUUACUACGUUACUCGAACUUGUUUGAAUCUCUGCAAAACUGAAAUACAACAGAUCGUUUCUUACUCUA